AUGGAGACUGAGGACGAGCCGAUGAGGACGAUCGGAGCCUCCUUCUCUAGGCCCAGGAUCGGCCUCUUCACCUCCUCCUCCAUCUGCGACCUCAUCCCUCUGCCUCCUCCUCUUCCGCUCGACCCCCUCCCCCUCCGCCUCCUUCUCCGCCGUUCGGGACCUCUCUCUACCUCCUCCUCCUCCAUUCGGCCCCCUCCCCUCUCCGUCUCCACCAUCCGAGACAUCCUCCCUCCGCCUCCUCCUCCUCCAUUCGACCCCCUCCGCCUCCUUCUCCACCAUCCGAAACAUCCUCCCUCCGUCUCCUCCUCCUCUGCUCGGCUCCCUCCCCCUCUGCCUCCUCCUCCAUAUGGAAUCUCCUCCCUCCGCCUUCUCCACCUCCGCUCGGCCCCUCCCCCCUUCACCUCCUCCUCCAUCCAGAUUAUCAAAAUGGCCUCUGUUGAGGGGAGUAUGCCAUCUAUGGAUGAUUCAAGUAAUACUUCAUCCUCUCAAAUAAAUGUAGUUAGAGGUAAAAAUGAUCCUACAUGGAAUCAUUGUAGAGAAGCUCCUGAACUUAAUGGUAAUAUCAAAAGGAUGAAGUUGGCAUACUUGUAUUGUGGAAACGUAUUUGCUGGUGAUGGGAUCAAUCGCUUCAAACAAUAUCUUACAGGAGUGAAAGAAGAAGCAGAACUAUGCUGCAAGGUGCCAGUAGAUAUUCAUCAUCAAAUGAUACAAAAUAUUCAAGCUAUUGAUAUAUUGAACUUGAAAGAUUUGGAUGGUGAUGAUGGUAAAAAUGAUCGAAAUGAUGUCAAUAGGAGAGAAGAUGGAGGAGAUGAGAAUAUUGCAAGUCAAAGAGAUAUUUUUGCAAAUAUUGACAUAAAUUUCAGUCUAUUAGCUUAA